GGGGCGGAGGAGGGGAGGAGCGGGGCGGGCCGCGCAUGCGCCCUGCCGGCCGCUGGGGACGAUGCCGUCCGUUUCGAAAGCGGUGUCGCGGGGCGGAGGGUCUGGCGGGACCCCGCAGACCGAGCAGCCGACGCAUUAUACGUAUCUAAAGGAAUUUAGGACAGAGCAGUGCCCUCUAUUUUUGCAGCACAAGUGUACCCAGCACAGACCAUUUACCUGUUUUCAUUGGCAUUUCCUAAAUCAGCGUCGUCGUAGACCUAUACGAAGGCGUGAUGGAACUUUUAACUACAGUCCCGAUGUUUAUUGUACAAAAUAUGAUGAGACUACAGGAAUCUGCCCAGAUGGAGAUGAUUGCCCUUACCUACAUCGAACAACAGGAGAUACAGAAAGAAAAUACCAUCUCAGAUAUUACAAGACUGGAACAUGCAUUCAUGAAACAGAUGCCCGGGGUCACUGCGUGAAGAAUGGGAUUCACUGUGCCUUUGCUCAUGGGCCACAUGACCUUAGACCUCCAGUAUAUGACAUCAGAGAACUUCAGGCACAGGAAACUUUACAGAAUGGGCAGCUAGGAUGUGGUGAAGGCAUUCCAGAUCUGCAACCAGGGAAUUUAGCAAGUCAAGCAAUGAUUGAGAAGAUCCUUAGUGAAGAUCCAAGAUGGCAGGACACAAAUUUUGUACUAGCUGGCUACAAGACAGAGCAAUGCACAAAGCCACCCAGGCUCUGCCGCCAGGGCUACGCGUGUCCUCACUAUCACAACAGUCGCGAUAGGAGACGGAAUCCCAGAACAUUCAAAUACAGGUCUACUCCUUGCCCCAGUGUAAAACAUGCAGAUGAAUGGGGUGAACCUUCAAGGUGUGAAAGUGGGGAUAGCUGUCAAUACUGUCAUUCUCGUACAGAGCAGCAGUUUCAUCCCGAGAUAUACAAAUCUACAAAGUGCAAUGAUAUGCGCCAGACAGGUUACUGCCCUCGUGGCCCAUUUUGUGCAUUUGCACAUGGUGAAAUCAAACCAGGUGCUCACCUGUUCUCAACAGACAGCGUAGGAAUCACAAAUGAAUGGAGCAGCAGUGUUAAUGCCACAAACAGUGUUACAAGUAACAGUGGGCAGUCUGGAAACAUUUCCUGUUCUUCAAGUCCACCUGUAACAUCAAGUUCUGGUAGCAGUAGUUCUUUGUCACCCCUUGGGCCUCUUUGUAGACAGAGAUCAUUAGCAAAUGGUGUUUUGUGUUCUGAGUCUAGCACUUCAGGUGUUUCUUCACCAACAUCCAGCUAUCCUAAAGCACCAGGUUUUGAACGAGAAGAUCAGGCAAAGCAGCGAAACUUCUCAGCUGAGAAUCAGCAGAAAAAAAAUGAACAGGACAACAAGCAGAACCAUCUCAGUGUUUUUUCAGUGGUUAACCCACUUGCUUCAAGUAUUACUUCCAGUCUGGCCUCCAGUGUUGGAUCAGAUAGUUCAUCUCCUACAACUGUCUCUAUUAUCAGUACCCAAACUCUCCCAUUCUAUUCUGCUGGUAACACAGUUGAAUCGGUUAUAGGUUCAGCUUUAGAUAUACAUUUCAACGGUGUGAAUGUUGCAUCCAUAAAUAGAGAGUUGGAAGAUCAAGAAGGCAGUGACCUUGGAUUAGCAAGUCAAAGAUUACUGGAAAGUUCAGCACCUGUCAAUAUUCCAGGUUCUCUUGUUCGUUCCUCCUCUUUACAUUCAUCAUCAUCCCUUUCAACCUCUCCACUCAAUUCUCUUUCACAAUCACUUUCUCAGUCUUUUGUUUCAUCUACUAUGGUCCCUCAUCAACAGCAGCCUCAGCCUUUGAAGUCAGAACAGAAUAUAUUGGGCACCUCUGCCUCUUCUCACAACUCUUUAGGUUUAAAUGGUGUUACAGGGAGCAUGUGGGACUUUGUAACUGGGAAUUUCUCUCCCAGCCCAUCCCCAGUUCUAAGCAGUGGCACUGCCCCCUCAGUAAGUUCAAACAGCAGUGGGAACGAACUGACUCGAGUUAGACAGGAACUUGAUGAUGCCAAGAGAAAACUAAAACAAUGGGAAGAAUCUUGGCAACAAGUAAAACAGGCAUGUGAUGCAUGGCAAAAAGAGGCUCAAGAAGCAAAUGAACGUGCUGAUGUUGCAUCUGCUGACAAACAACUUGCUCUUCAGAAGAAGGAAGCAGUGGAAAAUAAAUUAAAAAAGCUGAAGGUGCAAUUAGCUGCCUGCCUGUCUACAGCAUUACCUUACAUGGAAAACUAUGGAGACAUAGAAAAAAUAUCCUUGCCAAAGCUUCGUUCCUUACAAAGCCGGCUGCACUUAGAUUUAGGAACAAUAGAUGAGGUGAUUUUUCAGCUUCAGUCAAAGAAGUGUAUAGUAUGUCAAGAAGGUGAUCGUAGCACUGUCCUGAAUCCAUGUCAACAUUACAUACUUUGUGAUCACUGUGCAGCUAAGCAAGAAGAAUGUCCCUGCUGCAAGAAAAAAAGUAAUCUGUGGUAACAUACAGGCAUGGUACUCGUAUCAUGUUAAUGAAUGAAAUAUAUUUUAUGCUUUUGUAUUUUGUAUAAAAAUUAUAUAAAUCACUGAUAAUUAAUCCAUUUAAUAGUGCUAGACUGAUUUCAGUUUUGAUGUGAGAAACUCAGUUGCUUUUCUUGCUCACCUUUACAUAUCAAUAUCAGUCAGUCAGUGAGCUUCUAAUAGUCUCAAAUUCUUCCAUUCCAACUCAAUCCCACCCCAGUCUUCUCCAACUCCCACUCACAUUCCAAGUGCACAAGAUACUUAGGUUCAUUUGCACUGUAAUGGUUUUGCAGAAGUCUUACCACGAUGAAUGGAAGUUCUCGUGACUUACUGUCAUGAGCAGAAGGUAGAUACAGGUGCACUAAGCAUGCACUGAGCAGUACCAACAGCCCCUGAGCCACGUCUGCUCUGCGUGCUGUGCCAGAGCCAGUACUGGGGAAUCGGUCUAACACUAUGUUUACUUUGCUGUUUGAAAAACUCUGAUUACUAUAAAAGCACUUUUUAAUUAUUUUUUGUUGUUGUUGUUGGAGGAUAUAUUGUAAAUUGCUUUAAGCUGCUUUCUUGGUCUUAAGCUUAUUUUUUAAUACACAAUAAUAUGAUGCUUUAUAUGUGUACUGUGAAUUUCAAAUAUUUCAUAUGGUUUUACUGUUAAAUCAUAAGAAGAUUAAAUAGACGUGAGAACUUACCUAGAUUUUUUACAAUUUGUAAGUUAACUGCAUACUAUGAUAUUUAUAAAUGUACCAGUGGGAAGAAAAACAGUAAGGCACAUCUGCUUUCAUAUUUAAAGACAUGUUUUAAAUUUUGUGGAGCGGAUCACUUUUAGUAAAGUGCUGUGCAUUUGCAUAUUUCUCUUGGUUUCGAUAUUUGUAGUCUUAAACUUUUUGUACCUUAUCUAACUUGUGUGGUACUUGUUGGGAGCAGACACGUAAUAACUUUUAUCAAGUGCCUAUGCCAAAUACCCUAAAAAUAGCAGAAGACAUAAAAAGAGGAUUUUGCAGUUAAGUUCUAUUGCUUAGUUUUGUGUCAUACAAUAUGAUGAUAAUGAGAAUGUCUCUUGCUUUUAUAAGUAUUUUGAAGUAAACGUUUUCACUAAUAGGCAACACAUGAAAGGAGCUGCGAAAUGACUUUGAUAUGUCACCAGGCAGUGGCACUUGGACAUACUGAUUCUUUUAAAAGGCGGUAACGUACUUCAUCCUGGUUGUUGGGAAUGUGCAAUUUAGGAGGAGAAGUUAGUUAAUUCUUGAUGUUAACACUGUCUGUGUUCAGGUUAACUGCCUGUGUUAUCCCUUCUGUUGUUAAAUCCACGUGAGACGCUAGUACAGCUUACACUGAAUGACCUCCUACUGUGUUACAUGAUUUGUAUCUCUGUAUCGAUGUAUUCAGUACAAGAAGUGUAUACACAGGCAGAGAAGAGUUAAUCUAUUUAAAGUUCUUUCAUGUUGAAUCAAAAAGCAAAGUGUGUACUGAAAUCAUUGUUGUUUAACAGAGCUUAAGUGGCAGUGUCUUUGUGGGGUUUUGUGGUCUUUAUCUGAAGACGUGAGUCAGCAAAGAACCAAACCAUGACACAUCUCUGUGAUAACUAAAUGUACUCUGCUGCUUUCCUAAGGCACGUCGGUUUGCAGGAAUGUUAGAGACCUUUCAAAAAGGGGAAAGGAAGUUAAAGUAUUAAAUAUAUUUUUACUUAUUCCUAUUUCAGAAACUUCUUGAAGAUCAUAGCGGUCCAUUUUAAAUAAAGAUCAAAGUUGGGUUUAAAAUGUGAUUUUGUUGACUCAUAGUUUCUCUACAGUUUUUGUCUCGAGAGAAGUAUAAAAUUAAACUAGUGGCAUUUUCAAACACUCCUGCACUUUUGUAUGCUAACAUUAAGAUACUGCUCUGUUUUCAAGGUGUAGUCAGCCUUGGACUGUGAUAAAAAAGAGGUUUGGCGUUAGCUAUUAAUGUCUUUGUGCAUUUGUGCAGUCUGUGACAAACAGUGAUUUUUGAACCAUAACCACACUGUGGGUGGAAUAGAGCAGAGUUAUUCAUGUGCGAUAUUUGGAACAGUAAGUAAAUCAAAGACUAAUGUGUAAUUAUUGUUGGAAAUUGUUACAUUUUCAAACAAGAAUUUACUUUGGAUACCAGAGUACUAUAUAUAACCACAGUGUGGAAGAAUUUUCUGCAGCUGUUGUACUCACAAGCCUGUUUAGAAACGUCUUAAUCGACAAUUUUGCUUUGGUAUUUUAAAGGAAACCUGUUCAGCCCACAUCUCACUGCUGAUAUUUGUCUCCUAAGAGAUACAGAAGGAUGGUUUUGUCCUGUCUUGUCAGAGUUUGUUGUUCUUUGUUGGAAUUCUUGUGCAUUUGCUUACAAUCCUACAGCUAUUGGUGCUCUCCUUCUCUCUGUCUUUUUUUUUAAUAAU